UAGAAAAAAAGGUUGACAUGCGCAUUUCAGCAGAUACCCAUCAUCUCCCAACGUCUAGCUUCGUUCAAUUUGUCUCUCCGUAAUAACCGCCAUACCCCGGAUUAUCACAAGCUUUUUGCCUUAAAAAGGUCUCAGCUAUUCGAUUCAUCCGAUAUACCCUCUCCCGACAACUUAAAUAGAGCUGCCUAGACACAAGGCGCAGCCCACACGACAAACUCUCAACAAGACACCAGGCAUCCGACAUCCACACGAGAUCGAUAUCUACCCAACGCUUAUACUUCCCCGUCUCGCCACCUUUCACCCCCGACUCAGCCUCACACACACCGUUGCACUUUUCAAACGCUGAACGCAUGAUCCCCACGGCCGAUCCGAGCUUCUCUUCCGACUCCUGGGCUCUCCCCCCGUCGACCCUGCACAUGCUGUCCCUGUCGCCCAGAGACAUGGAGAAGAUGCCUUCCAACAACAACAACCCCCCUCUCACCUCCCCCAACGCCAUCCCCCCUCGCACCUCGAGCACCGGCGUCCCGACCUCGCUCAACUCGACUCCCACCAAACCUGUCCUUCGGCCUGUCGCAGAAGGAGACUGGCUCAGCCAGAAGCAGCGCUCUCCAAGAUCGACCGCCCCGAACCCGGGCUUUGGCGUCAUGAUGCAGGCCCCGAACCCACCUCCUGACCCCGAGCGCUACGCCUACGAGGACCUCAACUUUACAGCCAAGCGGACCUGGACCGACGAUAAGGAACAGGUUGUCCGCGGCCCUUACGACUAUGUCAUCAGCCACCCGGGCAAGGAUUUCAGGGCGCAGCUCAUCAACGCCUUCAACGCCUGGCUAGACGUGCCCCAGGAGAGCCUCGAUGUCAUCACGCGCGUGGUGGGCAUGCUCCACGAGUCGUCGCUGCUCAUCGACGACGUGCAGGACUCGUCGGAGCUGCGCCGCGGGUUCCCCGUGGCGCACAACAUCUUUGGCGUCGCGCAGACCAUCAACUCGGCAAACUACAUCUACUUUAUCGCCCUGCAGGAGCUGCACCGCCUCAACAACCCGGACCUCAUCACCGUCUUCUCCGAGGAGCUCGUAAACCUCCACCGGGGGCAGGGCAUGGACCUGUUCUGGCGCGACACACUCACCUGCCCCACCGAGGAGGACUACCUCGAGAUGGUGGGCAACAAGACGGGUGGUCUAUUUCGCCUUGGGAUUAAGCUCAUGGCUGCCGAGUCGUCGGUGCCUACUGAUUGUGUACCUCUUGUCAACCUCAUCGGACUCAUCUUCCAGAUCCGUGACGACUACAUGAACCUGUCGUCCAAGGAGUAUAGUCACAACAAGGGCAUGUGCGAGGAUCUUACUGAGGGAAAGCUUUCCUUCCCAGUUAUCCACAGCAUCCGCUCCAACCCGACAAACCUCCAGCUUGUCAAUAUUCUCAAGCAAAAGACGUCCGAUAUCCAGGUCAAGCGCUAUGCUGUCGCUUACAUGGAGUCAACCGGUAGCUUUGAGUACACCCGCAAUGUAGUUGGAAUUCUCAUUGAGCGCGCCCGUAAGAUGACCGACGAAAUCGACCAGGGCCGUGGGUACACAAAGGGCAUCCAAAAGAUCCUAGACAAGAUGGUCAUCCCCUAGGCCUCAGUCUCAACCCGUCGCGCUUCUUUCGAGUUUCUCAACACCCACCAACUUUUCUAGUCAUAGUCAGGUUUAAUGUCUUAUGAAGUGGAGCGCAUAUAGAAUGUUCUGGCCGGCGUCGGGAGGGAUGUCUGAUGAACGAUUGAUUGUACAGAGAUCUAUUACGGAGGGAGGGAGUCUGAACGGCAUGAUACCAACCUGGGCUCGCUGAUGGCGAGCAGCACCGGCCACUUGAAAUUGUUGUAACAGUCAAUGUUGGAUUAUCUCCUGGCUCAUGGCGCUUUUCUGUCAUGGAGCGUAUAGCUCAGAUUCUGGAAUAUAUUAACCAUCAAUGAUUC